AUGCAACAGAAUUAUACUGAUACUAUGCAAGAACAAGAGAGAAAUGCAUUACAAAAACUGGAAAAGUGGUCAAUGAUUGAAGAGAGUAUUAUGAAACAAAAGGCAAGGGCUAAAUGGAUACAGCUGGGAGAUGAAAACACUAAGUAUUUCUCAGCAGUAAUGAAAGAAAGGAAGCACAUAAAGCAAAUAAAGGAACUAAUAAUUAUGGAUGGGAAGAAAAUCAACAAACCAUCUGAGGAAGUGUUUGAGGGGUUAAAAGGAAUAGGAGAUGAUAAGGCUCCAGGGAUAGAUGGAUAUAAUGCUGUGUUUUUCAAAAAAGCAUGGCACAUUAUUGGCAGUGAAAUCUUUGCUGCAAGAAUGCAGAAGGUAAUUGGAGGGAUUAUAUGUGAAGCACAAGCUGGUUUUGUCCCAGGCAGGAAAAUAGGAUAUAAUAUUAUUUUGGCUCAUGAACUAAUAAAGGGAUACACAAGGAAACAUAUAUCACCAAGGUGCAUGAUAAAAAUAGACAUACAAAAAGCUUAUGAUUCAAUAGAAUGGAGCUAUUUGGAACAGAAUAUGAGGAUGAUAGGAUUCCCAGAAAGAUUUAUAGCUUGGGUGAUGAAAUGUGUUAAAACAGUAAACUAUACUAUCAUGGUGAAUGGAGAACCAACUGAUCCUUUCAAUGCUGAGAAGGGACUUAGACAAGGGGAUCCUAUGUCUCCAUUUUCUAUUUGCAAUUGCAAUGGAAUGCCUCAGGAUUACAAGCAAACAUUGGUAAAAGCUCCAUUUAUUUUGGAGGGGUGGGGCAACAAGUCCAAGAGCAGAUUCUGCAAACACUGGGAUUUACAAGAGGAAUUUCAAAUAUCUAGGAGUUCCAUCGUCAACAAGGAAGCUAACAAUGAUACAAUGGCAGCCCCUCAUUGA